UAAGUAGAGAAUUCGGAUCUUGAUCUAACUACCCCAUUACAGACAAGGAACUCAGAGAGGGAGAGAGGUGGGCUCAGAAUGUUUGGGGGGUGGGUGGGUUAGAUCAGAACUGCACCCAGAAACUGGGACUCCAGCCUCCCCACUUAAGUAGCUCUUUUCCUUGCUUCUUCACUGUUUUCCCACCUAUUUAUUAGAAAGAAUUAAAAAUAGAGGUCCAGAGGGAACAAGGGAAUUGCCCGAAGUAAUGUGAGUCAGGGACAGAAGUGCACUCUGAUGCCCCUCGGGGCCUGGAGCCAUUGUGGGGACAGCCCAUGCAUGCACACAUAUACUCAGAGGAAAGGUGCAGGUGAGGGGAGGAUGGGCUUGGUGCUGUCUCCAGGUCAUAUAUGGACUUAAGAGCUGCUGCCCAGCAGGCCAGCCUGGAGGGAGAAGGGCCCAGCCCUGCCCUGAUCCAGUUGGAAAAUGUGACUCAGCCAUGCUGUUGCUCAAGUUGCCUGGUGUUUGGCCUGUCACUGGGGCAGCCUGAGCCCUGAGCCCCAGUGUAAACAAUGGCUUUAUAAGGUCUCCAGGGAAGACACCAAGGAUAGAGGGGAACUCCAGGUUGGGGGAUGGAUGCCGGGAUCCCCGGGAAGAUAGCCACACUGGAAGAAGCUUCAGAGAGAAGCUGCCUCUGCACCGUGGUACAGCUGGGCAAACAAGCCCAGUCUGGGACAGGGAUGACCCCAAGGGCACAUAGCACAAUCAGUGGCAGAGCCAGGAACCUCUAUUCAUCUUAAGUGUUUCCAAGGUUUCAAAUGAGAUAGGGAAUGAGUAUACUGUUAUAAAGAGGGGCAAACUGAGUCUCAGAGCAAGCCAUUAUCUAGCAUACACAGCUGGUCAGGGGUAGAACAUGAUCUGAAACAGAGGUUUUCUGCCUCCCAUGCUUCUUCCUUGAAGGAGUCCAGGUGAUCUGGGAGUAGGCCCCAGCCCUACCAUGGUCCUGGGCUUGGCCAUGAAGGCCCAAUAUGGGAGGUGGUCUUGGACUCUUGGGUGUCUUGGGAACAGGGGCAGUUCUGGCCCUUAUACCCUCCCUGCCAAAGGAAACUCAUUCAACAACACUGACUUUGUGCUUACUAUGUGCCAGGCAUGGCAGAUGGGAGAGGGCAAACGAAGCAAGGCAGAAGAGGUCUUGCUCUGGGAGAGGAGGGAAAAUGGACCCGGAAGUCAGACUACAGCUUCAGAGCUAUGGGGCUGUCAGUUGCUUAGUAGCCACAACCCACUCACCCCUGAGUGGGAAAAGGGCUCCUGCAGUAGGGAAAAGGGGACUCCAGGCAAGUGCCAACACCCAGGAAUAGGGGCCUGGGUCCCAUCAGGCCCAGUCUGUACCUACUGAGCUGUUGGGCUUGAAACAAACAGCUCCUUGGCUUUAUGACUCAGUUUCUCUGUCUGUAAAGUGUAGCUAGCACUUAGAAGGAUGGUCAGAAGGGUGGUCCCAUCUCUGUGCAUUGUGUACAUGGUCCACUUGGUAUUGGUUGGGAUCCCUCCCUGCCUCCUCUGCUCUACCCAAGGCUGGUGAUAAGGCUUAAAGAACCCCUCCUCCGUCCCACACUCCCUGGCCUCCAUCUCAUGCAGCAGGGUUGUCCCCAGGAGCAAGGAAAGGGAUUCCUGGGACUCUCUGAAGUAAGUACCAGCUCAGGCAGCUGGCAGGUAAUUAUCAUAGGCCCAGAGGGUCACUGGGGCAAGUCCUGGCCAUGAAGAAAGAUUGCCAAUGGUGAAGCCCCUCUGGGUACAAUGGCCUAGCUGAGAGGCCUGUACCAACGGGAGUGCCAGUGAGGGUGAGCAGGAAACGGCCCUCCAGAGGGAACGUGGGUGGGGUCUGGAGCCAGGACCUCCCCAGGGCUGGGGGAAAUAGACCUACAAUCUGCCUGACUAGGAUGAGGCUUGGCUCCCUUCUCCCCUCAUUUUCACCUCAACCUGCGUAGUUUCGCUCCCCACAGGGAUACCUCCAGGCUUGGGUGGAUGGGGCCAGAGACUUCCUGCCUUCCUGCAAGGUUUUAUCCCUAAUCGCUGAAGAGUCUGGAGUUUUUCAAAGACCAGCAGGCUGCGCAAUGAAAAGACCCCGGGGUAGAAGGGCUCGGCGAGAGGCAGGGCCGGAGCUGACGACCACCUCUGUGCCCCCUCCCCGCAGGAUGCUAGUGGACUGCGUGCCCCUGGUAGAGGUGGAGGACAUGAUGAUCAUGGGCAAGAAGCCCGACCCCAAGUGCGUCUUCACCUAUGUGCAGUCGCUCUACAAUCAUCUGCGGCGCCACGAGCUGCGCCUGCGCGGCAAGAAUGUCUAGUUCCCCCGCCCGCACGGCCUGCCGCGGAAAGCUGCUGCCCUCAGCCUCCGGGCACGGUCCCCCCCGUGCGCCUGCCCACCGCUGCCCUGUCAAUCGCAACACCUUACCCUGCAUACACACGCAGCGUUUUGAUAAAUUAUUGGUUUUCAACGA